UGAGAGGAGUGGAACCAAGUUUUAGAAAUAGGCGGGAAGAAUACCGAGAUCGUUGAAGAUGGCGGAUCACCAACGGGAAGUAGAUGUUGAGUCUGUCGCACGAAUACUUGAAUCGCUGGCCAUAAAAGAUUUGGAAAGAAACAACAAUGAAGUAAAGGACGAAUGUACUACUAACUAUUUUAAUUUCAAGGACGACUUUAGCUUAAAUCACGUUCCUGUCAGUCAAGAAGUUGUUUUCAUCCAAGGCCUAGAAGACAUUGUUGGGCCACUCAGUUCGGAACAACCAAAUUCGCUUCUGAUUGUCAGCAAAAAAGUAAAUACUGGAUCAAAAAAGUUUGAUAAUGACGAGAGUGACAUAACAGGGGAUAUCAGUAAUACGUCAGCGGAAGAUACCGUUGACAAAUUUCCAGAGAUUGAACUAGGGAGCCAUGACUUAAAAACACAGACAAAUCGAGUUGAUGUGUAUACUGAAGAAAUUAUCAAAGCCGGACCAUCUAGCAGCGCAAAUGUCCAGUUUUUAGUUGAGAAAUCGAAAAUGCAAACGUCUAGCAGUACAAGUGUAACAAGGGUUGUCAAAGUGGAUUCUCUUGCUUCACUGGCCCUGAAAGAUGCAAGGUAUGUCGUUUCAAUUUUCACACAAGCAGUCAGAAAACUUGAGAGCACUAGGAACAAAGAAGAAUUUUCACAGAUGGUUUUUCCAUGGGUCUUUGUAAAAUGCAGUUGUGAAAGUCCUCAAAACAUUAGAUGGAUAUGCUGCACUGUUGAGAAUAAUACAACUGAAGGGAAACAGUAUGGUGUACUAAGAACUUGUCUGGUCAAAGAAGAGUCGUCUGUAUUUGAUUUGCAGAAAUCAUUUGCAAAGAAUGCAGCUCCUAAAAAUAUACCAGGUGAGAAAAAUCUUUACUUUUCAAGAUAUGAUAUUCUGGGAUCAAUUUUCAAACGUGAUGCAAGUGAAUGCAGAAAUAGCAGCAUGAUGUUAAUUGAGUUUGCCUGGCAUGAAAAUACUGCACCAAAUAGCCCACCACCUUUGUCAGCUGACGCUAUUGCAAAGCUGAGGAUAGUGCCGUCAGACCCAUCAUCUCCGCUGGCACCUUUGUUUUUGGAAUUGAUUCAGUUGGAGAAUGUUGUCCAUGGUGUGCAAAGCUGUAUCUGGCCUGAUACUAAUUAUACAGGUGAAGUAAGGGUUGAUAUUAUCAACCAUCUCCAGAGCUUUGUUGACGAUCUCAAGAAUAUCAAGUGCAUGGAGGACUUUGUUCCAAAUGAGGAAAAGCCAGGUGAUAAUAAUGAUAAUGAUGAUCUAGCUACAACUUUACUUGCUCAUGUUCUAGAUAAUUUUAAACGGAAGGAUUGUGACUUCAGUGAUAAUUUGUGGGAUUUUCUAAGGAAUGCCAGUUCAUUUGAGGACAUCUUGAUUGCACUUGACCAUAUGUUCACAUCAAUUUGUACAAAGGAUAUACAGCCUGUCUUUGAUUUAGAGAAUGGUACAGAAUUUGCUACCUGGAUAAGAGAAUUCUAUAAAGCAAGUAUGAACAAUAAAGGGAAAGAAAAGCUCCAGGAAAAACUUGAUUCAGUUUUAGAGAACAAUUCUAAGGUAUUUCAACUGAUUGCUGAAGCAGGCCUUGAGAAAUACAAACGUAGCUAUGUGUCAUUUUUCACAAAUGAAGAAUUGGCUACAUUUGGACAGUUGGAGCCCAUUCUAAAAAAUGCAGUCUCACUUGAAGAGAAGAUGGCUUUAAUUUGGAAGCUUCAUCAUACCUUAGAGCUUGUUUCCUUUGGCAAAGCGUAUUUGCAUUUGAGCACAGAUUAUCUGAGAGUUCUUCUGAAAGCAAGUCUUGAUUACCACAAGAGCAAUGACGUUCCAACAAACCCACCAGUAUUCUCAUUAUCAGUUCCUGCAGUUUCAUCUUUAGCAGCUCCGUUGGUUGAAGAGUGCAGAAACAUGAAGCCAGUUUUGUGGAAGUUUGUAACAAACAAAGUUUCUGGCAAUCAAGGGAAGAUUUCAUCGAUGUUCAUUGUGUCAAAGUUCAAUGAUCUGAGGCCUGAUGUAGAUACCGAGUAUUUGAAAAAUGAUGAUGUUGAGAUUCAUACUGUGCAAGUUGCAAAGGAAAGCAAGAUAAGGGUUUAUUGAUGCUGCUUUUGAUUAUUGUUUGGCAUGGAAAAGUUUUCCUCUGUAAAGUGUAAUGUUAGGGAAACAAUUUAGAGAACAGUUUACUUUCACCUUUGAAAAUUUUUGUGACAAGGAAAAUUUUGGAAGAAAAGUUUUGUCAAGCAAUUGCCAAAAUGUUGAUAUCACCAAGACCUAUAGCUUUUGUAUUCUUUUUAUCUUCUGUAAACCUGCCACCUAUCUUAGCAACUUACGAUUUUAGAAAUUGAUAAGAGAUAGGUAAGAAAGAAAAGUUGCAAAACAGCACUGUAGUCUAUGAUCAUAUGAAAAUGAGCCAGCAGUGCAUUUCAAGAUUCAGUUGUGACAUAUUUCAGAAUUGUGAAAUUUUAUUUUUGCAAAUAACAAAAUAAGCGAAUAGAAAUAAGCACUAGGCAACAAAAAAUGUUACAGCUUGUUCAUACAGAUCCUGUGUUGUCAAUACUCUGGCAAGGUAUCAUUUAAAACAUUGCAGUAGCUACCCCACCACUUAACCCCCUAGCCCCCAUUGAAGCAGAUUUUUUUAGGAUGUUGUUCUACUUGUGGAUUUUUGUUCAAUGUAUUUGUUGUAAUCUACAGGUUUAUAUAUGCAAAAAUUGAAGCUAAUUCAAAUCUUUUAUUUAGCAAAUAAGUGGGAGGAAAACUCCCCUGCCUCCCCUAUGAUGCAGUUCAUGAAUAGCUCCCAUAGCAUGACUGCAUAGCUUUUUGGUCACUAUAUGAUCUUCUUAGACCAUAAACAUAGUCUUAUUUGCUGUCAUUUGGUUAGAGAGUGGUAUAAACAAUCUAAUAUCUUUACAUUAAUGAAACACAGCUCAAUCUGUUUGUCUGUAUUUGUUUAUGUAACAGUUUUAGAAACGUAUUUGAUGUUAUGUUGCAUUAAUAUGCGAAU